AUGAUUUCUAAUAAAAUCUUUCGUUCUUCAUCGAUUUUGAGUCGUAUUUACUAUCAUCAAUUUGUUCCUGUUCUUUCUCGUUCUGGUUCUAUAUCAACAAAAGAGAGUUCAUCAAGUCAAAAUAAAUCACCAAGCAAAGAACAUUCUGAUGUAAAAUAUUAUGCUGCUGAUAUGUAUAAUUAUACAAUAUUUAGUUAUUAUGAUAUCGAGACAUCGAUGACUAAAUAUCGUCUUCCUCAACCAUCAUCAUAUGUACCAUUCAAACCUGAAUCAAAUCCACAAAAGAAAUAA